AUGACGGAGCUUCAUUGGGGUGAUUUGGUUGUGAUUCUGGGAUAUUUUGUGCUAUGUAUACUGGUCGGUUUAUGGUCGUCAUUUAAAGAAAACACCGGAAGUGUUAAAGGCUAUUUUUUGGCGGGAAGAAAUAUGAUAUGGGCUCCAAUCGGUGCCUCGAUGUUUGCCACCAAUUUUGGAAGUCAUUUCUUUGUGGGAAUGGCGGGUACAGCUGCCGCAAGUGGAUUGGGCGUGGUUAUAUAUGAAUGGCAUGCAAUAUUCAUGUUAAUUUUAUUAGGCUGGGUUUUUGUACCAGUGUAUGUCGCCAGUGGAGUAUAUACAAUGCCCGAGUUUUUGAAGAAGCGGUUUGGAGGCAAGAGACUUAGAAUAACUCUGUCGGUGAUGUCCAUCUUCUUCUUAAUAGUACAGAGAAUCUCUGUGAGUAUGUAUGCUGGAGCUAUCUUUAUUCAACAAUCUCUAGGAUGGAAUAUGUAUUUAUCAAUCGUCAGUGUAACUCUUAUCACAGCCGUUUAUACUAUUAUAGGAGGACUGACUGCAGUAAUAUGGACCGAUACUCUACAAACAGUUAUUAUGAUCAUUGGUUCAACAUACCUUACUAUAGCCUCCUUUAUAAAAGUCGGAGGAAUAGAAGCACUGUUUGAGAAAUACAUGAAUGCCGUACCGAAUGUUACCACGUGCGGAAACGUUACUAUGGGCUACCCACGCGACGAUGCUCUUCAUAUAUUCCGAGAUCCCGCGACGAGUGACAUCCCGUGGACUGGGGCCAUACUGGGACUGACUCCCAUGGCUAUUUUAGCUUGGUGUACCGAUCAGGUGAUGGUUCAAAGAGUGCUGGCAGCUAAAACUCAUUCCCAUGCUAAAGGUGGUGUUAUUUUUGCUGCGUGGUUAAAAAUUACUCCAUUUUUCCUGGUGAUUCUUCCUGGUAUGAUAGGACGAGUUCUCUUUCCUGAUGAAAUUGGUUGUGUAGAUCCUGAUAUUUGCAUGAAAGUCUGCGAGAAUCCCAAUGGUUGUUCCAAUAUAGUUUAUCCCAAAUUAGUCAUUGAAAUUCUACCAGCGGGUAAGGUAUCCCAAAUAUUUUAUGAAAUUUUAGCUCCAGGAUAUGAAACUUCAGUUAUUCCCUUUUCCCCACCAGGUGUACGAGGGUUGAUGUUAGCGUGUAUGUUAUCAGCUCUAAUGAGUACACUGACGUCAGUAUUUAACAGUUCUAGUAGUAUGUUCACUCUAGAUCUCUGGACCAGAUUCAGACGAAAAGCUUCAGAAAGAGAACUUAUGAUCGUUGGACGAGCGUUCAUCUUAGUUUUGGUGGUAAUAAGCAUCCUCUGGAUACCUAUACUAACAGCUAAUCAAGGGGGACAACUCUGGAACUAUCUACAGGCCAUGAUGGCUUACCUGGCACCGCCGUGGGUCGUUAUUUUUAUUCUAGGCAUAGCUUGGAAGAGAACCACAGAAAAGGGAGCGUUUUGGAGUCUAAUGGCGGGUCUAGCUGUCGGUGGGUCUCGUCUAGUGAUAGAUUUAGUCUAUCAGAAGCCAACUUGUGGAGAGGAGGAAACCAGGCCGGCCAUUCUAUAUAAAGUACAUUUUCUCCAUUUUGCUAUAAUUCUAACUGGAGUGGUGUUUAUUGUUUGUGUUGUGGUCAGUUUGUUUACCCAACCCAGAGACGAGGUCAAGGUAAGCUUGCUUACUCUUCUGAAUAGCUUUAACUAA